UCAGUUCGCUGCCAUUUUGUCAGGCCUUGCAUGUUUUGCCUCGUGGAAAAAAAAAUAUUUAAACACGAUAGAUUUCUUAUUUUUCACGUGGUUCUCCCACAUACCCUUUGCUAGUGUUAGUUAACAUAUUCAGAUUGCGAAAAUUACGUUGAGGGAAUUGUUUUAGUGCAGUUUGUUACCGGUGUGGAGGUUCGUUCGCGGUUUUAGCUUAAGAACCUCAUUGGUCGGAGCGGUGUCGUCUGCCGUGACACAAAUCUCCGUCGCAGCGAACAAAGAGACAGAAAGGCAAAGCGGAGCGCUUACUGCGGCGCUGAUUCAGUUCAGAAAAAGUUAUAAUUUUGGUUUCAUAAAAUGGCCGAGGGGUACAUUCGAGUGGCGGAGGAGGAGAACGAGGAGCCCAUGGAGAUCCCGGCGGAGGACGAUGGCACCGUCCUGCUCUCAACUGUAUCCGCACAGUUUCCAGGCGCGUGCGGCCUACGCUUCAGGAGCCCCGUGUCUCAGUGCAUGCGCGGUGUGCGCCUGGUGGAGGGGAUUCUGCACGCGCCAGAAAACGGAUGGGGAAACGUGGUUUAUGUGGUGAACUAUCCAAAAGACAACAAAAGAAAAAUGGAUGAAAUCGAUGCUUCUUCUGCUGUGAAGAUGAAGAGGGGGGAUAUGAAGACGUCUGACUUGAUUGUGCUGGGUCUUCCCUGGAAAACAAGUGAACAGGACCUGAAAGACUACUUCAGCACAUUUGGAGAAGUCAUUAUGGUCCAGGUGAAACGAGACACCAAGUCUGGAAACUCUAAAGGGUUUGGCUUUGUGAGGUUCACAGAGUACGAGGCUCAAGAAAAGGUGAUCGCCCAGCGUCAUAUGAUUGAUGGAAGAUGGUGUGACUGCAAACUUCCUAACUCUAAGCAGGGUCCAGAUGAGCCACUAAGAAGUCGGAAAGUGUUUGUGGGGCGUUGCACAGAAGACAUGACCACAGAUGACCUGCGGCAGUUCUUUAUGCAGUAUGGGGAAGUCACAGAUGUCUUCAUCCCCAAGCCAUUCCGUGCUUUUGCUUUUGUUACAUUUGCAGACGAUCAGGUUGCCCAGUCUCUCUGUGGAGAAGACCUUAUUGUCAAAGGAGUCAGUGUUCACAUUUCAAACGCUGAGCCCAAACAUGGAAAUAGGCAGUACGAUCGUACGACACGGUUCGGAAAUGGUUUUGGAGCUCAGGCGUUUGGUGGCAGUCGCAGUGGGUUGGGGAGCAGCACCAACAGUAACCUAGCUAAUUUUGGUUCUUUCAGUCUGAACCCCGCUAUGAUGGCUGCUGCUCAGGCUGCUCUCCAAAGUAGUUGGGGGAUGAUGGGAAUGCUGGCUAGCCAGCAGCAGUCAUCCUCCUCAGGCAGCGCUUCUAGUGGGACAAGUUCUAACAGGGACCAAAGUCAGUCUUUCAAUGCAGGCAACAGCAACUACGGCACCAGCUCGGCCAGUCUCGGCUGGGGUACAGGGUCAAACUCUGCAGCCGGUGGUAGUGGGUUUAGCUCGGGUUUUGGGUCCAGCAUGGAGUCAAAGUCGUCUGGGUGGGGUAUGUAAGUUAAGUGUUUCGAUGGGUAAGUAUUGUGAGAAAGAUGAGUCUUUUCAAAAAAUUUAUUUCUGGCGUUGCUGCGUGUCUGAAAAGUUAACUCUUUGUGGAAGAUGUUUUGUAGAUUUGGAGGGGGAAAAAUGCUAAAAAUUUAAUUUAGGAAGCGUUGAAGUGAAUUGUUUACCAGGAUCUUUGACUAAAGUGCUAUGUUUGAUGUCUUCUUUGUUUGUAUCCAUUUCAACUGGAUUCUCUAAUGCAUGCAUUGUGAAAUGUGAUACCAUUUUUGAAAAUGCAUGAAUGUCUGCGGUUCACCUUAUCUG